AUGAAUUAAGUUCCAUAAUAUCAUUUUAAAUAGUAAUCAUAUAGAAAAGUAGAAGAAUGGUAAAAGAAAUAGGACUUAUUGGUUAAAUCUUCUUAUUAAAAUAAUCAGUUUAUCCCGAAUUAUCCUUAAAAAAUAUAAACAGAUCUAUCAUUAAGAGUUUAAAGACAUUAUGAUUUAAAACAAUCUGAUGAUUAAGUUAAAAAGAAUAAUAAGUUUUAACAUCAAGUUCAUUAAAAUAAUUAAGAUAAUUCAGAUAAUUAAGCUUAAUAAAUUCAUUAAAUUAAUUUAUCAAAUUAUAGUCUAAAUAUUAAAACUGAAUCGCUUUAAUAACCAAUUAUUUAAACUCAAAUCAAAACUGAAGAAGUCAAAAAAAAAUCAAAUCUUAAAAGAAUUAAAAAUUAGACUGUUCAAAAAAAGACAGUAAAAAUUGAAGAAAUAAAAAAAUCAACCUCAGAAUCACCAGAAAAUUAAGUAUAACUAAUCAAUAAACCUCCUUUAUCCAAAAUUAAAAAUGAAAAGCUUUCAGAGAAAAAUUUAUUUUUAGAAUAAAAACCUAAUAUUGAAACUGUUGAUUAAUUUCUAAAAAAGGCAAUAUGA